GUACCUCAAUCAAAAAACGAUCAAUAUUUUUAUGUUUUUCAUAAUUCAUGAAUAGUGAAAACAAUAAGGAGUUAAUAUAUUAUGUGCGCAUGGUGUAACACGUCCGGACGAAUUAGUAACACGUUAUAAACAUUUGAUGAUAUAAUUGCCAUAUUGCCUCAUAAUAUAAUAUCAAUCUAAUAACGAUUUUAUAAUUGUCAAACUGUUCACGGGAAACGUCAAACGGAUAAAAAUUGGAAUUUCGAGUCGGUAAUAGGUUUGAACAAAAUACAGCCGUUCGAUUGCAACUCGUGUCGAAAAGUGGUCAACUUCCAAACUGACUGAAUUAUCCAUCGCAUAAUAAUAUGAUCUCUACAGCCCCAAAAAGUCCUCAAAGUGAAUCUGCUGGGAAAGGAUUCGGAUAACGAUAUGAUCAACGGGAUUAAUGUUAAACACGAAUCUGAUGAAAUGGAAGGUUAUUGUCUUGAAACGUCGAUACAAGAAACGAUACCUAUGAACGUGCAAGUUACACACAACUUGGCUGACGAAAAAUGCGAUUUGUGUUUAGAAUUGUUUACAUCCAAAAAGCAACUGAAACAUCAUAUUACAACAUCACACAAUGGUAUUUCUAAGAUCGAUGAAAUUACAAUUAAAAAUGAAGUAGAUAAUUGUUUCGAAGAUAACGAUAUAAUCAAGGGGAUUAAUGUUAAAAAUGAAUCCGAUGAAGUGGUAGAUUAUUGCCUUGAAUCGUCGAUACAAGAUGAAGAAAUGAUACCUAUGAACGUGCAAGUUACAAACAACUUGGCUGACGAAAAAUGCGAUUUGUAUUUAGAUUCGUUUACAUCCAAAAAGCAAUUGAAACAUAUUACAACAUCGCACAAUGGUAUUCCUAUGAAUGAUGAAUGUUCAAUUGCAACAGAUGUGGAAAACAAAUUCAAUGACAAUGGUACGAGAAAUGAAGUGGAUAAAAAAACUGACGGUAGUUAUUUCGAAUCGAAGAUUGAAACAGAUAACAAUCAACAGACAGAAACCAAGAACAAUAGUAAAUAUAUAACAACAUGGCGAUUCUUCCAAUGUAAUUUAUGUCAAAAAAUAUAUAACACAAAAAAACAAAUAACUCUACAUAUAUUAAAAUCCCAUCAAAGUUCAACGGACAACAUCAGUCAACCCUAUAAAUGUGACGUCACACUUCACCAACGCGUGCACACAGGAGAAAAGCCUUAUAAAUGCACUGAGUGCUCAAAGUCAUUUUCUCUCAAAUGCACCCUCACAAAACACGAACGCGUGCACACCGGAGAAAAGCCUUAUAAAUGCACUGUGUGCUCAAAGUCAUUUUCUCUCAAAUGCACCCUCACAAAACACGAACGCGUGCACACCGGGGAAAAGCCCUACACAUGUGAAGUGUGUUUACAAUCAUUUUCUCAAAAUAUUAACCUCACAUACCACCAACGCGUGCACACCGGAGAAAAGCUUUAUAAAUGCACUGUGUGCUCAAUGUCAUUUUCUGUCAAAUCCACCCUCACAAGGCACGAACGAGUGCACACCGGGGAAAAGCCCUACACAUGUGAAGUGUGUUUACAAUCAUUUUCUCAAAAUAGUAACCUCACACAACACCGACGCGUGCACACCGGUGUAAAGCCUUUCGAAUGUAAUAUAUGCUCAAAUACUUUUUCUACAAAAUAUUCCCUUAUAAAUCACCAACGCGUGGUGCACACCGGAGAAAAGCUUAUAAAUGCACUGUAUGCUUAAAGUCAUAUUAUCUCAAAUGCACCCUCACAAAACACAAAUGCCGUGCACUUCAGUAUAAUGUCAUUCAAUGAUUUAUAUAAAACACA